AAAAAAAAGUUGAUGUUCAUUUCUCUUUUCUCAUUUUUCUAAUUUUAGCUGGAGAGCUGCAGCGCCCUGUAGAGUCUAGUUAGAAGAUUUUUUAGAUUCUUUUUUUUGAGAGGUUUGUUAUUAAAAUUUAGACUGACACCACUCAACUCAGCUUCAUAGGGAAGGCAAUGGGGUGAGUCACUCAGAAAGACGAAAUUAUACGAAGUUGGAAACAGGAUUAUGAGUUUAAUGCACAUAAAGGUUACCAGACUAUUAUAUCCUGCGCUUAUCAGACUUUUCUCUGCUUUGGUGAGAUGGGUUUUAUUAUUGUUGAGUCCCCUUCUGUAUCUGUGCCGUUACUCACUCACAAACAGAGGCUUUGUGAGAGGCGCGAGCGCUCAUUAGAGCUGUGCUGCUCAGAGAAGCUGCACGCGCUCCAUUCGACGCCGCUGAAGGAGGAUUUAUCAACAGAUCUGCUUUUUUAAGUUUAUUCGACGAACUUUUCGACGAGGCAGCUCUUUAAACAGGAAAUUGAAUGCCUGGAAAUUUGUAUAAUAACAAUUAAUUGUAUUCAUAGCCACUCGGUGCAGCUGGUUGCUUUGCUGUUGCUGCUAAUGGACAUAGUAUGAGCACUGCUGGGCGGUAGGUUAUAUUAUCACUCCGGUCCGUGAGGGUUUUGCUACCCACCUUUUCUAACUGCGGGCAGGAGUUUGAGAGCACAGAGGGGAGUUUUGGCACACUUGCCAGUGUGAGCAAGACUUCAGGACCAAGGACAGAUCCAAACCUCUGCCUGGCAAACAUGCUCAAAGUCAACCACAUCUGGACUCCACUCAGCACGUGAAGAUCUGCACUGUGUGCUUGUCGCGAGGUCGGCGUGGGAAAAGAAACGACCAGCAGAUACACAAGAGAAGACAAAUCAAGGGCUCCUGCCAGGAAAUAUCAAACAUGCUGAACCCCCGGAAUGUCGACUUGAAAGUGAUCCGCCUGCAGACCCUAUAAACCUCUGCUUCUCUCUACUUCAACCAGCUGAGCCCCUCUUCCCGGUCCUGCCAUGCUGACUUUAGUGCUCUGCCCCAGGCCGUUGGGCCUCUCCGUCCAUUACUGGCCUCUAUACAUGCUCUUGCUGGAGCUCCUUAUACUGGGAGUCGUGCCCAGCAUCUCCAGAUUACCAGCCACUGCCAAACGUGAGAUCAUCCUGGAUGGAGACUUGGUAAUUGGAGGUCUGUUCCCUGUGCACCACAAAGGUGAGGGGACAGAGGACUGUGGUAAGAUCAAUGAGGAGAGAGGCAUCCAGAGACUGGAAGCCAUGUUACUUGCACUUGAUGAGAUUAAUUCCAGCGAUCGCAUCCUCCCUGGACUCCAGCUGGGGGCCCACAUCCUGGACACCUGCUCCAAGGACACAUACGCUCUAGAGCAGUCUCUCGAUUUUGUCCGGGCCUCACUCACCAAAGUCCAGGAUCCAGGCUUCAUCUGCCCUGACGGCUCCAGACCGAUCCAGAACGAGGUUCCCCUUGCUAUCUCUGGGGUCAUUGGGGGAUCGUACAGUGAUGUUUCCAUUCAGGUGGCCAAUCUCCUGCGAUUAUUCCAGAUCCCUCAGAUAAGCUAUGCUUCAACCAGUUCAAAGCUCAGCGAUAAGACCCGCUAUGACUACUUUGCCCGCACUGUUCCUCCGGACUUCUACCAGGCCAAGGCCAUAGCUGAGAUCCUGCGCUUCUUCAACUGGACCUACGUGUCAACAGUAGCGUCAGAGGGUGACUAUGGUGAGACUGGAAUCGAUGCCUUCCAGCAGGAAGCCCGCACUCGCCAAAUCUGCAUCGCCACUUCAGCUAAAGUGAGCCGCUCCAUGAACCGCCAGAGCUAUGACAAUGUGAUCCGUUCUCUGCAGCAGAAGUCCAACGCAAAGGUGGUGAUCCUGUUCACCCGCAGCGAAGACGCCCGUGAGCUGCUGGUUGCUGCUACUCGUAUGAAUGUCAGCUUCACCUGGGUAGCCAGUGAUGGAUGGGGAGCACAGGAGAGUGUGGUGAGAGGGAGUGAGGCUGCGGCAGACCGGGCUUUUACUAUUGAAUUAGCUUCCUACCCAAUACGAGAAUUUGAAGACUACUUCACCAAGCUGAACCCCUACACCAACAUGAGGAACCCCUGGUUUAAAGAGUUCUGGGAACACCGGUUUGGUUGCAGCCUGCAGGAACCUGGCUGCAGUGAACACAGCCUACGAGAUGGAACUUUUGAGCAGGAGUCUAAGAUCAUGUUUGUGGUUAAUGCCGUCUAUGCCAUGGCCUAUGCUCUGCACAACAUGAGGCAAGCUGUGUGCUCAAACACAUCCAAGGUCUGUGAUGCAAUGAAACCAGGCAACGGAAAAAGAUUCUACAAAGAGUUCAUCUUGAAGACCAAGUUUGAAGCUCCCUUCAGACCAGCAGACACAGAAAACAUGGUGCGCUUCGACUCUUUCGGCGACAGCAUCAGUCGCUACAACAUCUUUCAUUACCACCAAGAAGACGGGAAGUUCAUCUACAAGAAAGUCGGCUACUGGGACCAGAACCUAACUCUGAAUACCUCCCUGGUACCUUGGCGAGGGGAAGUACCACCCACCUCCCAGUGCAGCGACCCCUGCAGGAAGAAUGAGGUCAAGAGUAUGCAGCCUGGGGAUGUUUGCUGCUGGAUCUGUAUCCCUUGUCAGCCCUACCAAUACCUGCAUGAUGAGUUUACCUGCGCCGAUUGCAGCUUUGGUCAGUGGCCCCUGGCAAACUUGACUGGAUGUUACGAUCUGCCUGAAGAAUAUAUCCGAUGGGAGGAUGCCUGGGCAAUUGGACCCGUCACCAUCUCCUGCCUUGGUAUUAUCUGCACUCUGUCAGUCAUUGGCCUGUUCUUCAAGCACAAUGAGACACCUGUUGUAAAAGCUAGCGGACGUGAACUCUCCUACAUCCUCUUGUUGGGAGUGCUGAUGUGCUACCUGAUGACCUUUAUCUACAUCACCAAACCUUCCACUGUUGUUUGCACCCUACGACGCCUAGGACUGGGCACCUCAUUUGCAGUGUGCUACUCAGCUCUUCUAACCAAGACCAACCGAAUCGCUCGAAUCUUCAGCGGGGUGAAGGAUGGAGCCCAACGGCCACGCUUCAUCAGCCCUGCCUCACAGGUAGCAAUCUGCGGUGCUCUCAUCUCGUGCCAGCUGCUCGUGGCUGUUAUUUGGCUGCUGGUGGAGGUGCCAGGGGUGAGGAAAGAGUUGAGCCCGGAGAGGAGAGAUGUAGUCACCCUUAAGUGCAACAGCAAGGACUCCAGUAUGCUCAUGUCCCUCACCUACAACUGCAUCCUCAUCAUCCUCUGCACUGUCUACGCCUUCAAGACACGAAAGUGCCCUGAAAACUUCAACGAGGCCAAGUUCAUUGGGUUCACCAUGUACACCACCUGCAUCAUCUGGCUCGCUUUCCAGCCCAUCUUCUAUGUCACUGCAAGCGACUACAGGGUGCAGACCACCACCAUGUGUAUCUCAGUCAGUCUGAGUGGUUCCGUGGUACUCGGUUGCCUCUUUGCUCCGAAAAUUCACAUCAUCCUGUUUCAGCCCCAGAAAAACGUGGCCUCACUCAGAGUCACGGCCAACCGUUUCAGUGCCACAGUGUCUGCUUCGGCCUCCGCCCCCAGCUCCAGCUACUCCAAAGGAUCAGCCUCUAACUACGUGCCAGCAGUUUGUAAUGGCCGCGAGGUGGUGGACUCGACAACAUCCUCAUUGUGAAAAAGGUUUUCUCUCAAAGCACAAGAGACCAACCCCAUCAUCAGUCAUCCCUCCAUGAAACAAAGCUGGUUGUGCUGGAGCCCUCCUGCCAUCCAACAUGGCGCAGAGAGAUAACUCUGUGUGUGUAGACUGACUGACAGCAGCAAAGCUAACUCUAACUGUGAAAGCUAAACGGUGUUCCCACAGCGAGCAGUAUGUACCAAUUGUAAAGCCUUUUUUUGUAUAGAUUUAAUAUGCUGUGAUCUCCUUGGUUUACAGAUAGAUGUGAUUAAAUGCACCGUGCCUUGUCCUAAACAGUCUUGUUGUCAAAUGGGUGCUUGUGAAGCAAAUAGUGUUAAACAAAGCAAACAGCUGUUCUUAUCUUGUCCUUACAGUGCUGUGAUUAUAUCCAAAUGUUGUAGACAUUGACAUAAAAAAUAUGCUAUGAAAUAAAUUAAGCCCUUCUGUUAAAAUAUGUGACUAAUCAUAGUAAAUGUGAUGAAAAGUAGGCAACUAGACAAUAUAAAGGACAUGUGUGUAACGGUAUAACAAUGUGUGCUUUUCUGUAAUUCAUGUAAAUAAAAUGUUUUUUAUUAUUAAAAUAUUAAAUACCAA